AGUCUCCUUGAGGUGCGCAUGCGUUCAAAGACGCUCUCUGAAUAACUCGGGAACUGAACAGGCGGAAGUGCGCAUGUGUAUCAGUUGGACGAUGUUUCAUUCCAGGCGUGAUUGUAGAACUUGGACUUAUCUACAGCAUUUGCAACCAGAUUCGGAACAGUAAUCAAUGCAUUCCUUCUAACAGAUUUUCCUGGAUCUGAAAAUGAACAGACAGAAGGCCACGUAUGAUGAGCAGUUUAUAAAUUUUGACCAGUUUGGCACAGAUAUCCAUGCUGAAAUUGAAAAACUGUUCCAGAAGACUUUUUUGUAUACCAAACCAGCCAACAAUGAAUGGCAGUUGCCUGAUCCCAGCCAGGUUUUUACCUCCAAUCACGAAGCAUUCAGUUCUCUUGAGGCUCUCAAGGAUUCCUUGAACGAAGUCAAGAACAAACUUAGUGAUAAGCAACUGGAUGAGUGGCAUCAGCACACCUCCUUCACCAACAAAGCAGGGAAAGUUAUUGCCCACGUCAAGAAGUUGGUCAAUGCUGAGUUGUGCACUCAGGCUUGGUGCAAAUUCCACGAGGUCGUUUGCAGUUUUCCUCUUCUCCCGAGCGACGCGCUACAAAAUGGCGAACUCAACUCAGUUCAUCUGUGUGAGGCCCCUGGCGCCUUUAUAGCCAGCCUCAACCAUUAUCUGAAGUCUCACCGUAUCCCUUGUGAUUGGAACUGGGUCGCCAAUACCUUGAAUCCCUAUCAUGAAGCAAACGAUACCCUUAUGAUGAUUAUGGAUGACCGGCUUAUUGCCAAUACUUUGCCCUGGUGGUAUUUUGGCCCAGAGAAUACCGGAGAUGUCACGAGUCUGAAUCACCUCACGGGGUUGCAGCAUUUCAUAAGCAACAUGGCCACCGUUCAUUUGGUCACCUCGGAUGGGAGUUUUGAUUGCCAGGGCAACCCAGGUGAGCAAGAGAUGUUAGUUUCUCCGUUGCAUUACUGUGAAACUGUCACUGCUCUAAUGACUUUGGGUCAUGGAGGCUCCUUUGUUCUGAAGAUGUUCACCUUGUUUGAACACAGUUCAGUUAAUUUGCUAUUUCUCCUCAAUUGUUCCUUUGAGGAGGUUCAUGUUUUUAAACCUGCUACGAGUAAAGCAGGGAACUCUGAGGUCUAUGUGGUUUGCCUGCGCUAUUUGGGCCGGGAGGCCAUUCACUUCGUCCUAUCUAAGAUGCUGCAGAACUUUGGGUCAGAACUGGUGACAAAAGCUCUAUUUCCCCAGCACUUAAUUCCAGAGUCGUUUCUCAAGGUCCAUGAAGAAUGCUGUUUAUUCUUUCACAAGCACCAAACAGAGACGAUUUCAGAAAACCUCCGACUCUUUGACUAUAUGGACGAGGCGGAACAGGCCAGAUUAAACGCUCUGCGGGACUGCUGUGUCAAAUAUUUCUUGCAGAGGUUCCAAUUAAAACCUAUUUCCCGAAAUAACUGGCUAGUGAAGAAGCCUCACGCUGGCUAUAGCAUGAAUUCCAAAUGGUUUGGACAGAGGAACAAGUAUUUCUGCACCUACAACGAGAGAAAACUGCUGGAAUCCCUGUCUUGGGAAGACAAGAUAGUAAAAGGAUGCCUUAACCAGUGGAUUGAUGAACACGUUCUCGGUAAUGUUGGGAAGGGCUGUGUUUUAGAAGGAGCCCCUGGCAACCUCGACUGUCGUUUAUGGUAUACCUUGGAAGGCCAGCAAUUGCCAAGCGUUAAAUUUUCUCCCUUCUGUGAUGGUGAGGUUUUGAAGAGCCUCAACGAAGCCAUUGAAAAAUCUUUAGUUGGCCAAACUAUUAACGGUGACCUUACAAGAACAACAUACGCAGAAUGCCAAUUUUGCUGUGUUCUUACAGCAUCAUCGGUGCUGUCUGAAUUAUCAGAACUUAUGGAAUAUUGUGAAUAUAUUCCAGAUAACAAUUGCAUAAGCCAAAGAAAAAAGUGCUUGGUUUUAGGCUUCCCACUGUUUUAUGAUGAAGAAAGUAAGUCUGGCUUGGAAGUUAAAAACGUGGAGUCAGCAUCUCUCUUGACUUUUAGCUGUUCUUUACUACACGACGGAGAACCCAAGUAUCAGCUGCAUUUUUUAGAAUGCCUCUUGGGUGCAUUUCCUCAGCUUCAAAAAGGAGAUGCCUUGGUUUUGCCCGUUCUUUCCUGCCUCACACGCUUUAUGGCUGGCUUAGUCUUCAUCUUGCAGAACUGUUUCCAGCAUGUUUCCUUUGCUUGCUCCACAUCAUCUCAGCCUCUAAGGACCAAUGCUGUCUUGCUCUGUGCUGGAUACCAAGGUCUUCCAGACUCAGUUUUCCAAUACUUGCAACAGCUAAAUAAACUUAUGAGGACCCUACUCGACUCCAAGUCCCCCCAGCAGGUCUUACAGUUUGUUCCUAUGGAGAAUCUGCUGAAAGGAUUGCUGAUGGAGUUCCUGUGGGACCUCAAUACUGCUAUUGCAAAAAGACAGUUGCAUUUGAUUGUACAAAUUGAACAGCAGAAUAUGACAUGAGGAGAUUACAGCUUUUUCUAGUUUGGCUAGUUAGGCAUAUAUAUUUUUUAACUAUAGAGAACAUGUUUUAGCUUUUGCUGAAAGAUGCCUCGUGAAUUGUUGAGGGAGAGGCGAAUAUACAGUCUAGGCAGGAGUGGGUAAUCCAUGGACCCUGAAGCACUGUUAUAUUACAUCUCUCAGCUGCCCCAGCCAGCCUGGUCAAUAGUAGGGAUAUCCCUGGGAAUUGAUGAGGCAAUAACUGGAGCACCAUAAAUACCCUACUUUUCAUUUGUUGUAUUAGGAGCCCUGGUGACACAGUAGUUAGAAUGCAGUAUCGCAGGCAAACUCUGCCGACAGGCUGAAGUUCAAUCCUGUUGGAGCUCAAGGUUGACUCAGCCUUUCCUCCUUCUGAGGCCUGUAAAAUGAGGACCCAGAUUGUUGAGGGUAAUAUGCAAAUAGUGCUUCUACAGCAUAAACUGCCCAGAAUGUGCUGUAAAGCACUACAUAGGGUGGUGUGUGUGCUAUUGCUAGUAGAACUUCUGUUGGUAAUCCAGCUUUCUCCAAUAUAGUGUUUUCCAUGUGUGUUGGAAUGAGAAGUCUCCCUACAAGAGGCCAUGCUGACUGGGACAUCUGACCGGCAGCCAUAGCAUUUAUGGAAGAUGGUUAGGAAUGAUUGCCUUGACAGACUUUGUUCAAGCCUGCUUUUAUGGCACUCUCAUGUCAGUGAGAACCUCUGGUUGCAGAGAACAUACAAACUGGGCACCCAUUAGAGGGAACCAGCUAGGUAUGUUAAAUAGACCAAAGCCUUGCUAUGUGAGCAAGUAUCAUACAUUAAAGUUUCACUUUAAGUAAACUAAGCAGCUAUUUCAGAAUACAGAGUUUUGUGUAAGCAGCACUAAAUAUCACAUUCCAUUAAUAGAGUAAAUCCAAGGAAGAUUACAAGGUCCACUUAAAGUAAGCCCCUAAACAUCAACCCGGUGUCUUUUUUUUUCCCCCACAUGAUGUGGCAACUAUGGAACAUGGUUGAUGUGGCUGUGUUUGCAUGCUGGUAAGAAUUCACUCCCGGGUCUGUGUAUGGCUCAUUAAUGAAACACUUGUCAUAUAUCUGUGCAGGCUUCAGUGGCUGCCAUUUUGGAUGUUGGAAAGGUUGCUGUGUAAGUGUGUUGUAGACUGUGAAAACUGAUUUCUCGGAUAUCCAAGGCAGUGAUGGCAAAAGGCAAAUUGUGGCUAAAGAGCUGAGCACAACAGUACAGGUAGUUCUCGACUUUAACGGCCACAAUUGAGGCCAAAAUUUAUGUUGCUAAGUGAGAAAUUUGUUAAGCAAGUUUUGCUCCACCUUACAACUUUUCUUUGCCAUAUUUGUUAAGUGGAUCACUUCAGAUGUUAAAUUAGUAACACGGUUGUUAAGUGAAUCUGGCUUCCCCAUUGACUUGACUUUGACAGAAGGUCGCAAAAGUUGAUCACAUGACCU